AUGUUAUAUAUGAGUGAAUCUACUCCCAAGACUAUUAAGCCACGACAACGUCGAUAUACGUUUGACAUGCAAGAAGCCGACGGCAGCCCUAACAACUCCACUGUAAAUAAUGCCAAAAAUAACACCAAAGUGAUGAUCCCGCAAGCGCUGAUUUCUCUUUCAGGUUUGGUAAAUGUUCACCAUGUCCCACUUGGAGACAUAGCAAAAAUUUCAGGAAAGCUUAUUUCUGAGCUGACCAGUUCUUCAUGAGUAGAAGUCCUGCUCAAAGAAGACAAUAAGCUGAAAAUUUUUAACCCUUCUCAGCCUUUUACAGAACUAGAAAUUAAUGAUGAGUCCCUGCCAGGAUAUGUAGCCCAGACACAGCAGCCAGAACUUAUCACGAACCCUCACACGUCCACUUUUUAUUCCACUUUUCAGCUGAAAAUCAACCCUUUUUCCCCUGCCACCAAUAAAGUGAUCCAGCCGACUACUACAGCCUGUAUCCCGUUAGUUGUAGAAGAAUGAAAAGUGAUUGGUGUUGUACAGUUAUUUAAUAAAGUUAACGAAGACCUUUCCCAAGGGUACUAUACUGACAUCGAUAUAGAUAUUGUAAGUAGCUUUGGUCACAUUAUGAACCAAGCCUUAAAGCAGAGGUCAGAAUAUUUAUCAUUGAUAAAUAAAAAUGAAGGCCAUCAUGCAGUAAAUAAAGAAAAAGACAGGCUUUAUAAUGAAGUCAAUAUGAUUUGUAAGAAAAAAGAGUAUUGUAAAAAACUUGAUUCUGUAAUAAAACCUUGGUAUAGGAUCUCAAAGGCACUGAUGGACGCUGUUUCAGAUAUCAUGAAAACUGAUGGAUUAAUCCUUUACAGCUUGCGAGAUGGGAUGCUAAAAUGUGAAUACGCUCACAAAAUCGACGUAGAUAUAUGCAAUUAUGAAUCAAGAAUUUCAGAAUAUGUAGGAUUCACUCAUAAAGACAUCUUGAAUAUCAAGGAUCUCUCUAUAGAGCCACUAUGGCCUCAAGAUGUAAACUAUGGAUAUAAAUCCUGCCUUGUACUGCCAAUUAUGUCUUAUACCAACACUGUACAAGGAGUUGUCGAAUUUUUCAGGUCAAGCUCCGUUUUCACUGAAAUUGACGAAAAUUUUGCCUUGUAUAUAACGGGAACCCUAGGCAAACUUACCAAUCUGUCAGUAGAAACUAAUAAUUCGACAAGUUUUGAGCAGGAUGACUUAAGAAAAUGGAUAAACGGGAUGUACUCUUAUACGCUUGACAGAAAAGACAAGCUUUUUGACUAUGUGAAGCUCACUGACGUGAUUACCCAGUCCUUGCACAAUAUUUUACCUCACGAUUCUUCUUCAGUUUUCAUAGCAAAUCAGCACAAAAAGUUUAUAUGGACUAAAAAAUCAGACUCUUGUGGAACAAUGGCCUUUCCUUUGUCUCCUGAUACAGUUUUUGGGUAUGCUUAUUCACUACAGAAAACCUUGGUCCUUCCAAACAGAAGUCUUCCAGUUUUACAAGAUAUUGAGCUGUAUGCAGGAAAAUCUGUAGUAAUUGUGCCAAUUUUGGCGAAGGAAUUUAAAGACCCGACUAUUGGGCUGAUAGUGAUAAGCAGAGAAAAAACAUUUAGUAAUGACGAUUUACUGAUUUUGGAAACGUUUUCUAGUUCUUUGCAGCCGAUUUUUAUGAGGCUUUUCGUUGAAAACUUGCCUGAAACGAUGCUUGAAGACUGCAAAAUUGAAAAUUCUUCUCCUGAUAGAGCCAAAGAAAGCUCUGAAUCUGAGUUCAAAACUGUAAAUGUUUUUAGAAAAAAUUCAGAACUGGCAGCUCAAUCAAGCUUCUUUUUAAGCCAAGAUCUUACAAGAAAUAGAGAAAAAAAUAAAAAAGAGCCUCCUUUCCUACUAAAAAGCUUAAAUAACAUUCUCAGCAUGCCACGACAAACUCUAGAAAGCCUCUACGAUCUUCUUGACGAUCUAACAAAAACCCCUUAUGACCCUUACAUCAAAAUUGCAAGAAAAUUACCCGAAAUAGUAAAAUGUCAGGUCGCCAAGCUGUUUUUAUAUGACAAAUCUCAAGUAAACCUAAUCGAGCAAACCACUUUUUCAAGCUACACCCCUGCAGGACUUAUUAAAAAAUCAAUCCAAAUAAAAGAUAUCGUAAAAAUCGACCACGAUGCUGAAAAUGAUUUAAAUUUUGAGUUUGAUUUAGACUCACUUGACUGUGAAGAUCAAGUAGACUCUUACCUUUGUGUGCCUAUUAUUGAUAGCAAAACCUCAGUAAUUGGUGUUAUUGCGUUCGUCAAUUUAGAAAAUCUUGAAGAAAACACGCUGCAAGUGGCUUCAUUUUUGUCGAUUCUGCCUAAAGAGUUUGCUGAACUGGCCUCAGCUCAAGAUGACUCUGCGACGCAAUGGAAAAAAAUAUUGGAAACUGGGAGGAAGCAUAAGAUGCUGCAGCAUUGGUGCAAGCAGGUGUUUUUAGUAGCCAAUCAAUUUCAAAAGAAGUGCACUUAUUAUAGAGAUAUGCUGUACAAAAUAUCGUGCUAUAAUGAUUUAGAAAAUUUAUAUAAUAUAGGACUGAUUUUAAAGGACUUUGGCUAGGCAUGAAUUUUAAUAUAUUUAAGUCAAAAUUAGCUUAAGUCAGUAUAAUGAAAUUCAGCAUUGAUUUGGUGCAAUCUCAUACUAAUACGAAAAGAGCUUAUAUAUAUUUAUAUAAAGACUCAGAGUUCGAAGAGCUUACAAUUCAUGACGGUGAGCCUCAUAACCCACACGAAUGGGAGCUUGAUUUCUUUAAAGAAUGCUACGAUAAGAACUCCACAAUUGCGUCCUUAAAUCCUAAUCAGUCAUACCACCUGCUUGCAGUCCCUAUAAUUAAUGAAAAUGAUUUCAUAGGGCUUCUUUAUUUCAAAAAUAAAAAAGAGCCUACUUUAUUACAAUCAGUUCCUUUUACCGCUGAAGAUAUAUAGUUUUUUCCUAUAAAUAUCCUUUAUUUGCCUCUCUCUGCACCUAAAUAAUAUUUACAGAUAAUCCUAUAGACAUUUUUGAAUGUUUAGCCAAAAUAAUUUCAGUCUCCCUGAAAAAAGGGUCUGAUUCUGAAGAAAAAAGAAACAACGACGACUUUAAAAAUUUUAUAAAGGAAAUUGCAUGCGAAAGAGACUCCUAUGCACUUAUAACGACUAUAAGAAAAGCAGCUGAACAGCUCUGUGACUGUGAUCGAGCAGUUAUUUUUAUUCACGAAGAAAAUGUGCUAGUUGCCAAACCUCAAGGACUAGAGCAGCAGCUGCCAGCUAAUUACAGCUUUUAUGUAGGAUAUGGGAUCCCAGGGACAGUUGCCUCUAAAAAGACUACAGAAAAUAUUAAAGACGCUUAUAAUGACCCUAGGUUCACCCCUGACGUCGACAGGCUAACUGGGUACCGAACUACAAGUAUCCUGUGUAUGCCUAUUUUAGACUCAGAAAAACAAGUCCUUGCAGUAAUAGAAUUAAUUAAUAAGAGACACGCCACUUUUGAUGCUAAUGAUGAAGAAACGAUGGACUUAUUCUGCGAAAUGGUUUCAGCUGUAUUAGAGAACUGUGGGCUUUUCGAAAAAACUAUUGAGGAGAGAGCUAGCUUGUUAGGGAUUCUCAAUAGCAUUGGGAGCUAUGCUUUGGCUCUGAAUAGUGAAGGAAAAUUAAGCUAUGUUAAUAAGCCGAUAGAAGGGGUGUUCGGGGUAAAUGAAUUUGUGGUUAAAAAAUUCCAUUAUACAGACUGGCUUAAGAAUAAUCCAUCAUUGGUCAGUGAUAUCCAAAAAGUGUUUAACGAUCCAAGCUUAAAACCUUACAAAACUUCUAAAUUCAUAUACACCGAGUCCUUUAGGAGUUCUUCAUUCCUCUCGAUUCUGCCUAUAAAUGACCAAGUUAAAAGCCAAAAAUUCAACUACAGGAUCCUCGGGCUAAAAGGAAUCAACAAAGGCCAAUUCGAAGGCGUGGUCAUCAUCUUAGAAGACUGCAGCAGCUUAGAAGAAAUCCAUAUGAAAUUCAAAGAAGUCAAAUCCCAAAUCAAAGCCUUAACAACUCCUUUACAAACAGAAACCGAGCUGCAGCGCUGCAUAGGAGACUUAGAAGCAAUAACUGAAAACGGCAACAUCCAGCAGGAAAUCAAAGACAACCUGCAAGACAUAAUGUCAAGGCUGAAAUCUGGAAACCUCAACAGGCCUAAAUAUCGACUUGAUGGCCCAGUUGACCAAAUUGAGCAAGGCGUCGAAGCUUUAAAGUCUUUAUUAGAAAUUGACAUGCCAGUGGAGCAUGCAAGAACUCGUAGAUAUUCAUCAAUCUCUGAAAGCUCGCCUGACAGCCUUGAAUCUUAUCAACAAAACGUAUCUCUUGAUGACAUAAGAAAUUGGAACUUUAACGCAUUCAGCAUAGAAGACCCAAUAAGUUUUGCAUUUUCCCUUAUGAAUGAUUUUGAUUUAUUUAAGAGAUUUAAGAUAAGGGCUCACAUUUUUGUGAAUUUUGUAGAGGAGGUGAAACAUAUUUGUGACCAGAAAGGAAACCCGUUCCAUAACUUUGAGCAUAAUUUAAGCGUGAUGCAUGGGACUUAUAUGCUUCUGGCCAGUACUUCGGCUGGGUCUUAUUUUAAGCCUGCUGAUAUUUUGGCUCUGCUGGUAGGGUCGAUUUGUCAUGAUUUAGACCAUACAGGAAGAAAUAACCCAUUUGAGUGUGCAAAAUCGUCAAGGUUAGCUGUUUUGUAUCAUGAUAAAUCAGUGCUAGAGCAGCAUCAUGCUGCAACUGCGUUCUUUACAAUGCAAAACGAAAAUUGCAACAUUUUCAAACAUUUGAAGCCUAAGAAAUUUAAAUAUAUAAGGAAACUAAUGAUUGCAGCAAUUCUACAAACUGAUAUGAGCAAGCAUCUAGGCAUGAUUUCUCAUAUGACGAGAAGAUUUAAUGAUACAACUGAAAAUCCAUUAGGGACACUUGAAAAAGAUACAGAAAAAUUGGCAGGGCUGCUGCUGCAUUCUUCAGAUUUAGCUCAUGGGACAAAAGAUUUCUCGAUUUAUGAGAUAUGGUCUAGAAGGGUAUGUGAAGAAUUUUCUGAACAGUAUAAAGAAGAAGUCGCUCUUGGGCUUACGCCGACUGGGUUUAUGAAAGAUUUGGAUAAGCCGAAGGUGUAUUAUUCUAAUGAAAUCAAUUUUAUGAAGUUCGUGGUGAAGCCCCUGUGGGAGUGCUUGAAUUUGUGGCUGAAGCCGAAUUUAGGCAAUUUCUUGCAAAAUAUUGAGAAAAAUAUUGAGGAGAUGCAAGCGAGGUUGGAGAACGAAGAUGAGACGUCAUAA